AUUUUAGGUGGCGUCACGCGCAGGACGGUCAGGAGGCAGCGACAGUAUUUGGAUAACAGCGGAUACGAUCGCGAUGUGGCCACAAGUAGUGACGUUUGUCCAGAAAGAAAUGGACGGUACCCGUUGGGCAACCAGUGCGACAAAUAUUUACAAUGCGAGAAUGGUGUACCUGCAGAAAAAUUAUGUCCCGACGGACUGUUCUUCAACUCAAAGUCAUCGAUAUUCUCUUAYCCGUGUCAAUAUCCACCWGAAGUAGAUUGCGAGGGAAGAACUCAAUUGCAACCCCCGCAGCCAACCAGCGACUGUCCAAGACAAUUCGGUUACUUUCGGCUGGGGGACGAGACAAAAUGUGGUCAGUUUCUAAACUGCGUAAAUGGAAUAGGAUACAAAUUUGACUGCCCCGAAGGGUUGGCAUUCAACGAGUUAACGUUUAGAUGUGACUGGCCGGAUCAGGUGGACACGUGCGACGCAGAAGCAUUUCUUGGGUUUAGAUGCCCACCCGAAGAAAAUCCGCUGGAAGGUCACAAACUCCAUCCUAACUCAGUGGAUUGUCAAAAGUUUUACCUUUGUGUUAGCGGUAGACCUCGGCUAUACAAUUGUGGAACCGGACUAGGAUUCAAUGAACUCAUUGGUGCUUGUGACAUCAGGGAAAACGUAACUUCGUGUUACUCCAGGACACCAGAUAACUUUGUUCGACUAGGAUGAUAUUGAAAAAGCGUUUCGACAACUAUUAUAUGAAUAUUAAUGGGAGUUACCUUUUAUUUCGACUCGUCCCUGUCGGAUAAAUACAUAUUACAUGCACAACUCAAAAGUUGUAAUAAUGUGUAAUACUGUAAUGUGACUAUUAUAUUAUAUUUUAUUUUAUCCUUGUUGUAAUUAAUCUUUAAACAUUAUACGUGCCAAUAUAAAAUAUUUUGUUAGAAAUUAAAUUCUCUCUAGUUUAUGAUUUCUUUUAAAAAUAACUAAUUCGUAAURUCAUUGAAAGUUAACAUAAUAUACAAAUAUGAAACAUUA